UGCGACCACCUGUCCAUGGCAAUCACCUGUACAAACGACCACUUCCCAUUUCCUCCCUUGCGGCUUUUUUUCUUUAUAUUAAUAUAAUAAAAACUACACAGUCCAAACGCCUACAUGUCAGUUGAGUAAGAAACCACUUUUAUCCUCGACAAUGGAUGGUCGUUUCUUGGACAAUUUCGACUGUAUCUCUCUAAGUUCUGUCUUAUGAUGUCCCCAGCAUGGGUCAGAGACAGCUCGUGUGUCUGGCGAGAACGCUGCUGAGGAAAACACCUAUCCUGAUUCUGGACGAAGCCACAGCAGCCGUUGAUAUGGAAACGGAUGAGCUCAUCCAGAAAACAAUUCGCACAGAAUUUAGUCAUUGCACCAUCAUCACCAUUGCCCAUCGCCUGCACACAGUUCUUGAUUACGACAGAAUCCUGGUCCUGGAAAGAGGAACCGUCCUUGAGUUUGACAGUCCUGAUAGACUGCUGGGAGACUCUAGCUCCGCCUUCUUUUCUUUGGCUAAGGAAGCCGGAAUAAGCAAAACUAGCAAGGAAUGAAUAGGCCACAGUACAUACGUGUAUAUAUCCCCAGGCUCAGUGACAUUGCCUUAAAAAAUUUUAAUAGAUUUUUAAAAAUUAAGUCAAAAUGCUAAAAAAAAAUUGUAAUCCGCUUGACUUAGCUUGGCUUAGUGCAAAACUUCCGGGUUCAUCCACAGUUUGGGUGAGCUUGCGGCUUUGUCUUAUGCUUUGUUGUAAGAGUUUUACGGCACUUGCAAUACAAUUAAGUAAUGUAUACCUAAGUGCGGAAGAUAGGUGUUACGAGAAAGUAACAAGCGAAAAAAGGGAGAAGAGAUAAAGAUGAUAGAUGUUUGACAGGAAAGAAAGAGCAAAUCACACCAGAACACCCGCCAACCACCCACAGCUUUGUCUUACGGGAAUUGAAAACUGCAGCGGGCUGUGAUGAUAUCGUCGUAAAACUAGAAGAGAGAGAGAGAGAGAGAGAGAGAGAGAGAGAGAGAGAGAGAGAGAGAGAAAGACAGAGAGAGAGAGAGAGAGUAUGCUUUACUUUCACUGAAAAACCUCCAAUGAAAUGAGCAAUUAUUAGUCAGUGAUACUGCUGUUACCGUAGGUCAUCGUUUCUUUAUCGUCCACCCUUCGUAUGUAGGCCAAAUAUUAUCAUCGUCACCAUCAUCAUCCUUGUACUUGUUUGAAUAUAUAUAUAUUUACGAUGUAUCACAUUCCUGACUUUAUUGAAAUUAAAUGAGGAUAUUUUCUAUU